UUCGAAUGGCUUAUUUAUUUAUAUUGAUGGUUGGCAAUCGGAAAGCAAAUAUUGCCGCAUUAGCAAUAAAAUUAGCCAAUUUAUGGUGCAUGAAAUUCGAAGCGUGAGAGGCAAAACCAAAUGAGCAGCAACAAAAACAACAACAACAACUUGAAAAAGUUCCUGAUCCCCGAUCCGAUGUGUGUGUGUGCGACUAAGUGUGUGUGUGUCUGUGUGCGUUAAAGCAUUUGAAGUUAAAGGGUCAAACCGGUUUAGCCAGCGCCAGUUAAGAGGCAGUUAGUCAUGGAGGCAAUGGCAACGGCAACGGCAACAACAUCGUCAUCCUUGCAACGUGUCGCCUCGCAAUCCAGUCUCAGUCUCACUCAGGAACAGGCUCAACAACAACAACAACAACAGACCCAUGUGGUUGUGGCGGCGGCGCCUCAUCACUAUCAUUACAUACAAUAUCCGGCGCAUUAUCAGCAGCAACAACAACAACAACAGCAGCAGCAGCAGCAACAGCAGCAAACACAACAACAACUACCAUGCCAAUGCCCCUGCUCCUGCGGACGGGCAGAAUCCCAGCAACAGGGUCCACAAUUGGCCUCCUCACCCGCCUCCGCCUCCGCAUCCGCUUCAAUGGCUGUGGCCGUUGUAGUACAUCAACAGUCACCGACCCCAGCACCGAAUGAGCAUUCCAGCCAAAUGACAUUGCCACUGAAAGCCCAGUCAGCACAAUCUCUACUCAAUCAUUCCUAUCAGGCUCUGCACGAGGAUCAGCUCAAUCGCGAUCAUCUCAACAUCCAGUUGGACACUUCUGUCGGGGCCACAAGCUGUGACUGUGAUCUAGAAUGCAAUUGCCCGGCAAAUAAUAAUGGUGGUGCCAGUGCCUCUACACCCGCUGCUGGUGGUGGUGGUGGAAGCACCUCUUUGGCACAGCAUAAACGUAGUUUACUGGCAGAUGCCAUGCUCGGGGCCGAUGAAAUCACAGUCAGUGAAUCGGAUAAUAAUAGCACAAUGAUCAAAAAGAAGAAACCCCGAUCAAAUGCGGCGGCGGCAGCGGGUCAAUUGCCAACUAAGUUGCAUCCAUCGGUUGACAGUUGCAAUGAUAUCUACCAUGAUACCGAACUGGAUGGUGGCACUGUGAUCUCCUCAACUUCUGGCCCUGGCUCCAGAGCUAAAUCCCAAAGUCUCGAUGAUAAUCGACCACCAUUACCGCCAAGACCACCGCCCCGGCCACGCAGUAAUAUCAAUGGAUCCAUUGCUCAUCGGCAUGGAGCUGGCAUUAAGAAAUAUGUGGUCUGGUGUCUCAUCUGUGGUGGCUUUAGUUGCCUAUUGGGUGUCCUGUUCCUUGGCGUUUAUUUCCUGCUGCACUCGUACACGAUUACGGUGGGAAAUUUUGAAACGGUGCCGACAUUUGUGCCCGCCACAUUGCUCAUUCUCACGGGCAUUUGCAUCAUGAGCCUGGCUCGUCGGCGCAAUCGAUACAGCUAUUUGAUCAAACUGUCGGGAGCCUGUGGUCUUGUGUCCGCCUUGACAUGUGCCCUGGUCACAGUGACCACCACUGUCCUUCAUAUGAGCCGCUUGCAGGCCUUGAGGGAAUGUGAAUAUGCUCAGAAAACUCGCACUUGCACCUGCUACUCUGAUCUCAUUGAAUCGCAAGUGGAUCGCGUGGAUAAAGAAGGUGUGCGCCUUGUCUUCGAUUCGCUAUCCGACUGUGGUGUCGUCCAUGGUUCAUUGUAUUCCUGUUUGCGGGCCAUCUUUGGCCUAUCUGUGGCUGGUGUCCUAAUUGCCGUCUUUGGUUGCAUGCUGGUCUAUCAGUUGCUCAGUCAUGAGCGCAAGAAAAUGUACUGGGAGCAACUGGAGCUGCGUUGUCGUUCCCUCUAUGCCAGCCAGGCACCGCCACCAAGCCUAGGACCGGGACGCCUGAUGAACUGCCGCUGUUGUGAACAAUGUCAUGCCCACAGGCAAUUGACUCUGCCCCUGCAGGCCACUGCCUAUCCAUGGGAUGAGGCCAGUGUGGCGGCGGCAGCAGCUGCCGCUGUCGCUGCUGGUGGCGGUGGCGGUGGUGGCCAACCCGAGCAGCGUUUCUGGGCUCAACCGCCUGGUAAUUUUUACUCUCCAAAUCCGGGUGGUGAUUUGGAUCCAACGGGUUGUCGCAGCAGCGGUGGCGCCGGCGAUCGCAGCGCUAAUGGCAGUCGCAGUGGCAGUGGCUGGAGUUGGCCACGUAUGCCAUGGCAACGCACCACUCCGGAUGCUGGACGACGCUUUCGUCAAGCAGCUGCCAGUCCGGACUCUCAGUAUGGUUUCAGUUCGGCAGCAGCUGUGGCAGCAGCAGCCGCUGCAGCGGCCGCAGCCGAUGGCAAUCAGAUGCUAAUCGAUGACUCUAACGUGGCGGUGUCCAGUGCUUAUAAUGCGCUGCCACCGCCAAACGCUUUGCCCUACGGUGUGUGGGGACCACCGCCGCCCUAUAGCAACAGUCCGGCCAGGCGGGGCGGCUAUUAUCAGUAUCUACAGCCAGGGGCAUGCCUAAUGACGGGCACAAAUUCUGUAGGUGGCGGCGGCGGCGGCGUAGGCACAGUUGCCUUGACACAGGAGCAACUGCAUCAUUCUCAGCCUCAGCCUCAUACUCAUUUGCAGCAGCAGCAGCAACACCAACAGCAACAACAGCAGCAGCAACUAACGCAGCAGCAACAGCAACAUCAUCGUCUGCAAGGACAAUCGGCCACCUUGGAGCGCAUGGACGGCCUUAGUGGAAGUGGUGGUCAUCUGGUUAACCCUUUGAAUAGCUCACGAUCGGCGGUGGCGGUGGCGGCAGCGGCGGCGGCAUAUAAAACAAAAGUGGAAUAUGAGAACACAAACACACCAUCGGACAGUGACGGGGGCAUGGAUGUGAGAAAUGUGGGCACUGCCAGAGAUCGUGAUCGUUGCUCAAAUACAUUGCCAACAAGGAAAUUAAAGAAACGCAUUGAAGCUGGCACUGGGGCCAAGAGUAUUGGACCACAAUCAAAUUCCAGUCAUCAUCACUAUCAUCAUCAUAAUCAUCAUCAGCAGCAGCAGCAGCAGCAACAACAGCAGCAGCAACAGCAACGACCCAAUCUUCAGCAACUGUUUGCUAAGCCGGAGCAACUGCAGCAGCAGCAACAACAGCAGCAGCAACAGCAACAGCAACUAUCCAACUCAAGUUCAAAUCAAAAUGGUGUGGAGAACAAUGGUUAUCAGGACUCAAAUGGGGCCAUAGCCAAAGAUCAGAAUGUUGUUGUCCAGGAUCCAGCUGAAUCGGAAGUCUAUUUUGCCGAUGUUAGCAGCUGCUGCAAUAUGUCCGUUAAGAAUGAUAACUACUAUGACAAUGCACAUCGACAUCAUCAGCAUCAGCAUCAGCAUCCGCCUCAGCAUCAGCACUCGCAUCAUCAACAUCAGCACAGCAAUUGCAGCCAGAGUAGCAAUACCACUUCUAGUAACAACAAUAAUUCGGCUAAUGAGGAUUAUUUGGCUCAACGUUUUGGCCGACGCGAGCAUUCCAUACGUAGCCGUUUGCCCAUACCACAGAGUAGACGCCUCAAUGAUGCGGAUGAUGAUGAUGACGACGACGACGACGGCGACGAAGAGGAUGAUGUUGAUGAUGACUACGAGACCUCCAAUCUGAAUGUGCCCACACACAAGGAGCAGCAGCUGCAAAAAGAAAUCUCACGGCAAAGUAUGUGCUCUGUGGAAUCGGAGGCCAAGACUGAGUUCACCGAUCUCUCGCCAUCGACUCCAUGCGGUGGGGUAUUACCACCGCCGCCAGCUAAUUUCGCUAGUGAUCCACCACCACCACCAUCAGUAGUAGCAGCAGCAGCAGCAGCAGCACCAGCAUCAGCCGGACAACAGUCAUCCAAUUUUGUGGCCUCCUUUCCGUAUUCAUCGGAAUCACAGUGCCUGGAGGCGCAUCGACGUUCCACCAAGAAUAUGGCAAGCGGCGGUGGCUCAGCAUCAAUUGGUGGUGGUGCGAGCGAUUCUCACUACGAGGUGAUCAACGAUCGUUCGAACGGUGUGGCCGGCGGUCCAUUUAUUUCAUUUUGCAGCAGCACCAAACACAAAUCGAAAUCAAAGUCCCGAUCCCGUGAGCAAUUGGACACUAGCUAUGGUGGUGGUGGGGGAGAUCGCUCCUCCGAUUGGUCAUCCGAUGGUGGACGAUUGUGAAAUACAGCAAAUGCCAUCAUCAAUUCUGAUGAAGUAUUCGUUUAGCUGGAACAUUGGUUUCAUUUCCAUCAUCCUCGUCGCAUCAUUGUUUUGAAUGUCUUCCUUCUGUUUCGUCACAUUUGUAAUGUUUGCCAUCCAAAAAACCGCAAAAAAACAAAAAACAAAAACAUAAUAUGAAGAAACUUAUAAUUAUCUAUUUUAGGAUAUUACUCUAUUUCUUGCUAUCUAUCUCUAACUCUUCUGCGUCUCUGUCUCUCUUUCUUCCACAUCUUUAAGAUUCUUGCUUUAACUACUUUACUUGAUCGUUGCAUACAUACACACACACACACACACACACAUAUAUAUACAUAUAUAUACUAAUUCUUAGCAUACAUAUAUAUUGUAGUAUUGAAUUCAAUGUUGAACAAUUUGUAGCCACAAAUAAUCUAUAAAUAUUAUAUAUAAAAUACUUAUACAUAUACAAAAUUAUGUUACCGUUUACCUGUGUAUUUACAUAGUUGCAUAUACAUAUAUAUAUACAUAAAUGCAUACAAAGGCGAGUCUAAGGAUACAAAAUUCGUGAAAAUUUGCCCCCUAAGUAUAUAAUUCUCUGUAGCUAAUACAAAAUUUCUAGCAACAUUGCAUACAUUAGGGAGCAAAUUUUCCUUAUUUCACAUGAGAUCGGUAGUCUAAAUAUAAUUGAAUAAAGUCUAUAUACAAA